AUGCUUCGCUCCAUUAACGACGCUGACAAACCAGCGAAGAGGGGAAAGAAAGCUGAAACCCAGAAGGAGACACAGGUUACUAAACCAACCAAGGGGCAAACUCCUAAGAAGCAAAAUUCAGAUAAAGCUGCUCCGUCACAACCUCAACCGAAGAAGCAGAGAAAGCCCGCACGGAGACUCAUACUGCAAUCUUCAAGUGAUUCAGACUCAAAGUAUGUUCCUCCAAAACAUAAAUUUGCUUCUCCUUCAGAAUCUGAGAGCGAAAUCUCUGAUGAUGAGGCUUCGGGUCGUGGUGAUACCCCGCCUCGCUCUCCUACCCCAAAAAUUCCUGUUCGCUCCCAACCUCCUUCUCCUCCACAUGUUACUAUCUCAGUAUCCAUCCCUCCAAGAUUUCCUAUCCCCACCUCUCAACCAUCCACCACUAUUCCCAUCCCUACUCCAAUAUUCAUAGACACUACCACCACUACCACUACUACAGGGGCUCAUUCUACAGCUCCCACCCCACCCGUCACAACCGAACCACCGGUAACAACUGAACCUCCUACCAAUACCAAACCAUUAUCUCCUACACCUUCUACUGAGACCACCCUAGUUCUAGGCGGUGAGAACUUGGAAUUUGAUUCCACCUAUUUCAUUCCUUACCAUGUACAGAGUGAUGAAGAUGAUGAUGAGCCUGUUACCAAGCGUCAUCUCAAAGCAGUCAACGAAAAACUCGAUCAACUGCUUUCCUCCUCUUCCUCUGGGGAUUACUCGUAUGCUGCUCUCAAGGCAUUGUUCUCCUCUGUUGUAGAAGAACAUAAUGCCUCCCUUACUGUUGCAUCUAAGGCUAUAGACGCCUCCACUUCCCAAUGCCAAAAAGCCUCCCUCGCUGUUGAGGCUUCCACCAAGGAGUGCAAAGAAGCGACUGCAAAAGGGGCUGCUCAGAAGAAUUCUCAAACUGUUAAUGCUUCGGUGGAUAAUCUUCAACGUUCUCUUCAAACUGAACGGUCCAACCUUGAAGUUGCACGCCAAGCAAUUGAAGCAGCCAACGCAACUCUGCAUGCUAAUGCUAAUGAUCGAUUUACCCAACUGGAGGCAAAGUUGGCUGUAGAGAAUCGUAUCAUGGAUGAACUUGACAGAAGAACCUCUCAGCUGAAGAUGCAGAAUCUCAAGCUUCGCAUUGCCACUGCUGAGCUCAAUGAUGUCAAAUCUGAGAGAGAGGGGGAGAAGGCAAGAAGAACUCAACCUCCUCCUGCACCGAAACCAUCUACUGAACCGAAGGGUAAUGAAGCUUCAGUCAGUAAUAGAGACAAGAAGAAGAAGAAGAAAAUUGGGGAGGAUGACACAGAUAAUGAAGAUAAUGUCUAUGCUGAAAAUCCUGAAAAGCCUUUUCAGAAGACAAAACCUUCUGAUAAAAAGCUAGCAGAAAAGUUCAAGAAACAACAGGCUGAGCUUGAGCAAAAGGAAAAGGAAAAAGAGCUCCUAGAAAAGAGGAAGUCCAUUUUUCCUGAAUGCACUCUUGAUUCGCUUCAAAGGUGUGCCAUUGAUGAGCCAAGCACACUUUGGCUUGAGCCUGUGAUGUCGUUUGGGGUUGAUAACUCCUAG